GGGAGACCUUUGCAAAGUGGAACGUUCCACGGCUCCACGCACCAACACAUUGUAUUUGUCCACGGAGCACAUGAUAAACAAGACACGAAAAAGAAACACACACAACACUGGUGCGUCCGCCAACUCCAACACUCAACUCACUCAUCUACGUCUAGCAGUCAGCCACGGGUGCACGUCGCUGCCUCAUGCAUCCAGCUCGAUGAGGACGGUCUUCUUGGAGAAGACUUUAAUGGCGCCCUCGAUAUCAGUCAGCUGCUGCUCGAGGGAAGCCUUUCGGAGAAACAGACACCAGAAAUAAACAACACACAUCCAUGAGCUGAGUCGGCGCGGCGGAUGCUGUCAGUGCACCUGGUAUCGUUUCUGCCUCUCCGUAACGAUGCGAAGGGGCAGCUUGCUGUACGCCGCCUGCAGUGCAUGUGUGUAAACAAGGAAAGGAUCCAUCCGCUCAAGUUGUGCAUACCUCCAGCUGCAUCUUCUUCUCCGUCAGCACGCGCAGGGUGUCGGACCUGGCACGCAGGAAGGACCGACAGUGCCAUUCAAUCGGAACAGUGCAUGGAGCAGCGGACCUUUCCUCAUCGGGCAUCAUGCGGUAGCCGUGGGGGAUGGCCGCGGCCUCCUUGGCAGCCACCUCAGCAGCGGCGGCGGCAGCACGCUCACUCUUGAAACGCUGAGAACCACCGACAACUGAGCACUUCCACGCUACCUUGUGCAUGUAUUCACGACCUGUAUGUAUUUGGGCACCUCCCCGUAGGAAUCGUUCAACGAUUUGGCGUGCGACACCGCAGAGCACUCGCUACGACCACACGCAAUAUCAACCUGACCACACGAACCACGGCACCGACGACAGACAGACAGACAGACAGAUUACCACAAGCCAUUGAUGACUGACUCUUAUCUGUCUGUCUGUCUCGUGUUGCCCAUCCAUGUUUACCUCGCCCGGCCCCCCCUCCCCCUUCCCGUCCACGUGUGCCUCCUUGAUGACCCUCAGUGCGUUCUCCAGCACGUAAUCACGGGCAGCCUGCAGUGCCCCGCCGACCGUCCAGCCACAAGUACCAUGCUCCCUAGGCAUCAACAAUCGAUCCAUCCCUUGUACGCACCUCGUGUUUAGGAGGCGGGAGGGCGUCAGAGGCCAGGGGCACCUGAGAGGAGAGAUACCAGCAGACAUGCCUGUAUAUGUGUGUGUCGCAUAGAUGCGGCCUCCUCCGAAGCUUGCCUUGGGUCGUGCAUGGCUGAAGUCGACCACACGCGACGUGGACGACGCAGUGUCCGGGCGGGAAGCAGCACGCGCAACGCCAGAAGCCUCAGCGGCAACCUCUGCACAGGACAUUACAUCCACACGUAUGGCAGAGUCCCCACGAACAUUGUUUGUUGGGAGCAUCAAUCAUUAAUCAAUCAGUCAAUCACCCUGGAUGCCCUCCCCCUUCUGCCCCUCCUCCCCCUCGACAGCAACUGCAUGCAUGCAUGCAGACAGACAGACAGACCACAUGAGAUGCCGUCCAUGCAUCGUGAAUCCAUGCGUCGACUCUGUCUGCAGAGUGUAUGUGCGUAUCGGUGUACCAGUGGUGUUGGUCUGGCUCAUGCACGUCCUGCCAGUGCGGGCCUUCAGGUACUCAUGAGAAGGACCGCCAGGCUACAAAGGAAACAGAGAGAGAUACGUCCGCAGUGAAAAGAGGGCGGUCCUUCCCCCCCGUACCGAUUCAGUACCUUGGUGGCGAAUACGAUAGCCUUCGUAUUUUUGAAUCGACUCAUCUUCCAGGGCUCAGGCUGGGGAGCCAACGCGCUCAGCUUCGCAGCCUUCACCUGGUCGAUGACCAGAUGACCACAAUGUUCAUCCACAGACAAACAGAAGCGUCGUCAUAUGCCAGAAUGUUAUUUUGUCAUGACGACCUUAGCUUCCGUCUGGCGCAUUUGCUUGACAUUGAUGAUCUGGUGGUCCUUUGGCGUGAGCCCCUUCUUGAGCAGCAGACCUGCAGGCCAGGCAACGCAUGUCAAUGAUGUCAUGCAUCGGUGCAUGCAAUGCACGCCGGUGUGUGCACGUCCUUUAUGGUAUGUGAAGUCACCUCGCGUGCCAUCGACUGGCCUCAGGAGGGAGUCAACAGCGCGUCCCGUCCGCUGCCUGUGGGCGAUGGCGGAAGCUAUGCCAUCCAUUUCAUCACGUCACGGGUCAAAGAGCCCGCGCCAUCACACGGUUAAGGACAGAUGAAAAAUUCCCGCCUGAG